AUGAAUGAGGAGAGUAGCAGUCAUACAAUUAGUGUAAGGGUUGAAGAGUCUGAACCCCAUGAAUUGGAGGUGGACAUUAAUGUAGAAGGUGAAGUGAAAAUGGAGGGAUCUAUAAUCUUUCAUGUUGAUAUUGUUGAGAGGAAAUCAUUUUUCCCUUUACCAAGUGAAGAAGAAAUACAAGGUCCCCGAAAAAUGGUUAACGCUGGAAGAAGACGGGAGAUUCAGAGGAACAGGCAGCAGAAGAGAGAAGCACGUAGGCAGCGAAAUCUCCUACGACAUCAGCAAGCUACAGAGGAGCAGGAACAACUUAGAUUCCAAGAGGAGGAGAAUGAUCAAUUUUAUAAAGAGCAGAAGGAGGAACAGUCGGAUCAGGAGUUUCAGGAUCAGGGCCACACUCAGGAUAGGGUCCCAGAGUAUUCUCCUCAGAUGACAGACCUCAUUGCUAAGGAGUAG